AAGUACGCACAAGUACGCAUAUUGAUAAACGCCCAUAUAUAUAUUUGUGUUGUCAAACUGUGUUGCACUUUCCGGGAAUCUAACACUCGGAUUAAUGCGCCUAAAAAAGCGAAGCCGGAAAUGAGCGCAGUUAGUCCUCUUGUUUUUCUAACACGCUCUCUGAGCUGCCGCGAACCAAUCGCAUCGCUCGUUUCCAUGAUAUGGAGGAAGUUUACAGAGUGCAGGUAGUUAGAGCAGCCUUGGUGCUGUAAGUUGUUAGAGCCACUUGUCGUUUGCUAGGCUACAAUGCUAUCACCAUCUGUGGACAAUCUGAGCUGCUGGGAGUGAAUUGUUGGAGAAAGAGAGUUCAGCCGGUUAAACCAUGAAGACCAGUAAGUCGUAUAAGCUCGUGCUGCACAAGAAAGGUUUCGGUGGAAGCGACGACGAGUUGGUUGUCAACCCAAAAGUUUUCCCUCAAGUCACUUUGGGGAAUAUAAUUGAGAUUGCACAUCCCACCGAUGAAUACAGUCCCCUCCUGCUGCAGGUGAAGAGCCUAAAAGAGGACCUACAGAAAGAGACGAUCAGUGUGGACCAGACUGUAGCACAGGCCUUCAAGCUGCGUGCAUACCAGGAUGUCAUCGUUAACAUCGUCGACCCUAAGGACGUAACGCUGGACCUGGUGGAGCUGACGUUCAAGGACCAGUACAUCGGCAGAGGAGACAUGUGGAGACUGAAGAAAAGCCUGGUGAGCACAUGUGCUUACGUGUCCCAGAAGGUUGAGUUUGCAGGAAUCAGAGCUCAGGCCAGUGAACUGUGGGUGAAAGGAGAGAAGGUGACCUGUGGCUACAUCAGUGAAGACUCCAGGGUGGUGUUCAGAUCCACGUCUGCCAUGGUUUACAUCUUUAUCCAGAUGAGCUGUGAGAUGUGGGACUUUGACAUCUAUGGGGAUCUCUACUUUGAAAAGGCUGUCAAUGGUUUUCUGUCUGACCUUUUCACUAAGUGGAAGGAGAAGAACUGCAGCCACGAGGUGACGGUUGUACUGUUCUCACGUACGUUCUACAACGCCAAAACAUUAGAGGAAUUUCCGGAGAUUCUUAGAGGCUCCAUCAGACAAGACCACGAGGGACGCUUCUAUGAAGACUUCUACAGGGUCGUAGCUCAGAAUGAGAGACGGGAUGAGUGGACGUCGAUGUUGGUUACUAUCAAGAAGCUCUUCAUCCAGUAUCCAGUGCUGGUGCGACUGAAAGAAGCAGAUGCUUUUCCUGUCGGUUACAACUCCACUGCUGCCCAAGGCAACUACCUGGAAGCCAUUAACCUGUCGUUCAAUGUGUUCGACAAGCACUACAUCAACCGUAACUUCGACCGCACAGGCCAGAUGUCAGUGGUCAUCACACCUGGGGUGGGAGUGUUCGAAGUCGACCGCCUGCUCAUGAUUCUCACCAAACAGCGAAUGAUCGACAACGGUAUCGGUGUAGACUUGGUGUGUAUGGGGGAGCAGCCACUGCAUGCAGUGCCAUUAUUCAAGCUACACAACAGGACAACACCCGGAGACUCUCGUGUGGGUGACGACUACAACCUUCCUCACUGGAUCAACCACAGCUUCUACACUUCCAGCAGCCAGAACUCGUGUGGCUCCUUUACCCCUCGAAUUAAACUUGCUGGCCAUAAGCUUCAAGCAGAAAAGUUCAAGAGCAGCAAAGACCACACGCUCUGUGUGCCAAAGGACUGUGAUAACGCGCUGCCCAUACAGGUGGACUACGACGCCUACGAUGCUCAGGUGUUCCGACUUCCAGGUCCUUCACGAAUUCAAAGGAGCACUAACUUCAGAAUGGGUCGAGACAAAGAGAGUGGGAGGAAGAGCUGGGGCUCAGUGGACGUCAGCACCGGCAUAGGUGCGUCCCCUCCGGUUCGCUCAGGAGGUCCCGACGAACAACGAAGCCUGGCCUCUGAUGACAGCCUGGGUCCCGUGUCCAACAUGCUGCUAAUACCCCGGAUGCCUACUGCUCAGUAUGAAGUCAGCAGUUCUUUGGGAUACACCAGUACCAGAGACCUUUUAGAAAAGAUGAUGGACUCUCAGCGGGACUCCAGCGCCCCGGGGAGGUUCACAGUGGGAAGUGCCGAGUCCACGCUGCACAUCCGGCCGGGAGGUUACACUCCUCAGAGAGCACUCAUCAAUCCCUUCACCCCAUCCAGGAUGCCCAUGAAGCUCACGUCCAACCGCCGCCGCUGGAUGCACACAUUUCCUGUCGGUCCUUCUGGGGAGGCCAUCCAGAUCCAUCAUCAGACCAGGCAGAACAUGGCGGAGCUGCAGGACAGCCAGCAGAGAGAUCCCGCCCACACCUCUGCGGAGCUGCUGGAGCUCGCCUAUCACGAGGCCACCGGACGGCGAAGCGCCUCCCGCCAGCCAGGAGACAACGGCCUCUAUCCCGCUGGAGGAAUGGAGGAGUUCACUGGAAGCCCGGGGAGCAACAACAGUGGAACUUUCACCAACCGCAGCUCCUCAUUUCAAGACUUCUCUGCCACUGGUGCCGAUCCCACCCUGCUGCUAUCUGCACCCCCCACAGUGCCCAGCUUCUGCUGCACAGUGGGAGUGGACUGGAAGUCCCUGACCACACCGGCGUGCCUCCCACUUACCACGGACUACUUCCCUGACCGGCAGACGCUGCAGAACGACUACACCGAGGGGUGCUACGAUCUGCUGCCGCACAGUGACCUGGACAGGCGUGAAGAUGACGUUCCCGUGAUGAGUGCAUCUCAGGUGUUUGAGGAGUUCAUCUGUCAGAGGUUGAUGCAGGGCUACCAGAUCAUCGUCCAGCCCAAUAACAGAAAACAGCAGCCCGCCGUGGCCACGCCCCUCGGCAGCAGUCCCCUGUACUCCAGAGGCCUGGUGUCUCUGCGUCGAACAGAGGAGGAGGAGACCGUUUACUGGCUCAGCAUGGGCCGCACCUUCCACAAAGUCUGCCUCAAAGACAAGAUCAUAACUGUUACUCGCUACCUGCCAAAGUACCCGUAUGAGUCGGCUCAGAUCCAGUACAGCUACAGCCUGUGCCCUCCGCACUCUGAUGCUCAGUUUGUUUGCUGCUGGGUAGAGUUUGGACACGAGAGACUGGAGGAAUACAAGUGGAACUACCUGGACCAGUACAUCUGCUCUGGUGGCUCCGAGGACUUCAGUUUGAUUGACUCUCUCAAGUUCUGGAGAACUCGCUUCCUCCUGCUUCCGGCCGGAGGAGCUCGGCGGGUGGCGGAUGGGGAGGGACACUGGGACGUUUAUGGGGAGGGAGCGGCUGCUGGAGCGGGUAACAGCGGGGACUGGGUCCUGUUGGACGGCUUCAUUCGUUUCCUGGAGGGUCUCAACCGCAUUCGGCGACGGCACCGCUCUGACAGGAUCAUCAGGCAGAAGAGUGCGCCCCUCAAAGGGCUCCAGGUGACCAGCCCACUCUCUCCAUACCCCACUGAGCCUGUGGCGCCACCACAGGGCAAGAAAGGCACGUCGGCCUUAUCAGCCCUGCUGGAGAUGGAGCAGAACCAGAAGACACUGGAGGAGCAGGCGAAGCCCUCGGCAGCCGUCAGUGACCCUGCAAAUGUGACCACAGCUCCCACAUAUGUAGACAGUCCCCGCAAGGACGCUGCCUUUAUUUUGGAUUUUAUACGUAGCCCUCGUUCCUCCUACAUGUGUCACUCUCAGCUGGCGGCGGAAACGAGCGAGGCUGCAGACCGAGGAGUUCAGGCCGGAGCAGCAGCGCAGCCUACUGGAGACGCUGCAGCCUGCAGCACAGACGUCAGUGGGCAGUCUGCAGGAGUCCUCUCUCUGUCCUCUUCCUCCACACUCAUGGAGAUCCUGGAAGCGAUCAAACAUCCCACGACGGGUGUACAGCUUCUCCCAGAGCAGAAGGGCCUGCCGCUCAACUGCUUUAUCAGCGCAGAAGUGGUUCAUUGGCUGGUCACUAAUGUGGAGGGUGUGGCCACACAGGGGAUGGCCGUGGAUAUCAUGCAGAAAAUGUUGGAUGAAGGUUUGGUGACCCACGCCUCAGGAGAAGCCAUGCGCACCUUUGUCUAUGGCUUCUACUUCUACAGGAUAGUGGGAGAGAAGGAUGACGUUUCCCCUGUAGGCGCCACCCCCCAGCUCUCCACCGCUGCAGGUGGGGGCUGGUCCACUGCAGCCCUAGAGGACUUUACCCUGUUCCAAAGGAAGUGGUUCGAGGUGGCCUUCGUGCUGGAGGAGCGGCGCCCCUGCGACCUCCCGGCCUUCCUCCUGCCCUGGCUGCCCAGCCGGCCAGCUUCCUACGCAAGUAGGCACAGCUCCUUCAGCCGCAGCUUUGGAGGACGCAGCCAGGCCGCUGCAUUGCUAGCUGCUACAGUUCCAGAGCAGAAGACGGUCACUCUAGAUGUGGACGUCAAUAACCGCAGUGACCGAACUGAGUGGUGCAGCUGUUAUUAUCACGGCAACUUCUCCCUCAACGCUGCCUUUGAGAUCAAGCUGCACUGGAUGGCUGUCACUGCUGCAGUGCUCUUUGAAAUGGUCCAAGGCUGGCACAGGAAAGCGGCGUCCUGUGGUUUCCUGUUGGUCCCGGUGCUGGAAGUUCCUUUCGCUCUGACGUCCUGCCUGUACGGAGACCCGCUGAGAGCGCAGCUCUUCAUUCCUCUGAACAUCCACUGCCUGCUGAAGAAUGGCAGUGACAACCUUUUUGAAGGGUUUGAACCGGAGACGUACUGGGACAGGAUGCAGCUCUUUCAGGAGGCCGUCCUCUACAGGUUUGGCUUUGUGCAUGACAAGUUUUCUGCUUCCACCUUUAAUUUCCCGUCUGAGAACAAGCCUCAGUACAUCCACGUCACAGGCACCGUGUUCCUGCAGCUGCCGUACGCUAAGAGGAAGUAUUCGAGCGGGCAGCAGCGCCGCCGUAGAAACUCCACCACCUCCAACAGCCAGGGCCCGUUCGGAGGAGAGGAGAGGGUGGGCUACUACUGGGCCUACAACACCAUGCUGACCAAAGCGUGGAGAACCGGAGUGCUGGGCGACGAGCGGCUGGCAGACCGGCUGCUCAGAGACUUCACCGACUUCUGCGGCAACAAAGACAACAGACUUCAGAGCUUCUGGGACAGCUGCCAGGAGAAGAUGAACGCCAGCGCUCCCUGACAGCACCGUUAAAGCACUGUGAACAUUUGUCUGAGUCUGUCCUCGCGCUGUGUCUGCUGAGGACGCUGAGAGCUGUUCAUUACUGCUGCUGCUCUGCAGCCUCAGACACCAGCAAUAAAACUACAGAAUUCAAGCCAG